CGAUCGUCAGUAGACGAUGACCACUUGGUGGCGUCGCAUCGUUUCUCGAUUGUCCAUUUGAAUCGCUUACGCUUACUUGAAAUAGACAUGUGGAACCAUGUACUUGUCUUGUUUCUGGCCACCGUGCCCUGGCAAGCUUCCUCGCUGCACUCGGAGUCGGGCCCUUGGGUCCAGACUACGAAGGGCGAGAUCUGGCCCAUGCCAAAUUCGCGUGUAGUCAAAGAAGACUUCUAUGUAUUACGACCAUCCAACUUCGAUAUUCGAGUGAAUGGCGAGACGUGCGAUAUAAUGACCGAAGCGAUAGAACGAUACACUGGGAUUAUCUUGACGGAAGCUAGGAUAGCGAGGUUGGUCACGGAAGGGCAACCAAGAACAUUCGUCCGAGACGAUCCUCACUUCAAAGGCACUCUUGAGGCCCUAAGCAUUCGUCUUUUGCAGCCUUGCGAGCAAAAUGGGGAUCAUUGGCCACACUUAUAUAUGAAUGAAUCCUAUAAACUCGAGAUAAACGAGACAUCGUCGGUCGCUGUUCUACGCGCCGAAUCCGUCUGGGGAAUCCUCCGAGGACUCGAGACCUUUUCGCAGGUAUUGGCAUCCGGCGACGGUCCGAGCUUAAAAGUAAGAUGCCAGACUAUUGUGGACGCGCCGAAACUGCCGCAUCGCGGUCUUCUGUUGGAUACCUCUCGCCACUACUUGCCCUUAUCCGACAUCCUAUUGACACUGGACGCCAUGUCAUACAACAAACUGAAUGUCCUUCACUGGCACAUCGUUGACGACAACAGCUUUCCGUAUCAAAGCACUAGGUAUCCCGACUUGUCUGCCAAAGGCGCUUAUCAUCCUUCGAUGAUUUACACCCCUAACGACGUGCAGAAAGUUGUCGAUUACGCGAGAUUACGAGGAAUCCGAGUAAUGCCCGAGUUUGACACACCUGGACACACUAGAUCAUGGGGCCUGGCUUAUCCUGAAUUACUAACUACAUGUUACGAUUCUUCCGGAAAGCCGAACGGUAUAUUAGGCCCGAUGAAUCCGACAAAUCCGUUGCUGUACGAUUUCGUACGGAAUUUAUUCUCCGAGAUCGUGCAAGUAUUCCCGGAUCAAUAUCUCCACUUGGGUGGCGACGAAGUACCCUUCGAUUGCUGGGCCAGCAAUUCGGAAAUUGUCGAGUACAUGAAGCUGCACAAUAUGUCUAAGAAAUACGAGCUGCUCGAGAACGAGUACAUCGCCAAGAUACUCGCGAUCAGUAACUCACUCGACGCCAAUACUAUCGUAUGGCAAGAGGUUUUUGAUAAUGGCGUCGUGAUACCCGCGAACACUGUAGUACACGUUUGGAAACCGCAGCGUUGGCAAAAGGACUUGGAGAGAGCGACGAUGGCAGGACAUCCGGUUUUGCUGUCGUCUUGCUGGUAUUUGGACCAUCUCCUUACCGGUGGCGACUGGGCAAAGUAUUACAACUGCGACCCCUUCAACUUUAACAACGCAGCCAAUGUUACACAUUUGAUGCUCGGCGGCGAGGCUUGCAUGUGGGCAGAGUUCAUCGACAAAAAUAACGUGCAUCCGAGGAUUUGGCCACGUGCGAGCGCGGCGGCUGAGCGUCUGUGGAGCUUCAACAAACAGGAUAACAAUGUUGCCGCCCAACGUCUGGAAGAGCAUGCCUGUCGCAUGAAUAGACGUGGUAUACCCGCUCAGCCGCCGAAUGGGGCAGGAUUCUGCGUGACAUAGCCGGCUGUUUGCCAAUCGACACUAAUGCUCUGUUUAAACAAUGUAUUAUGCUCGUAUAGCAAGCACGCGAAAAGUACGAACGUCAUUCCGUACACUCAUUCAUUGUUAUUGUAUAAACAUAUAUCACAAUAAAGUUAGAUUGAAUAAUA